AUGAACUCUUUGUAUACCCUUGGAGUGCGGCAAACCAAUUCUAUACAAGCAGACCUCGAGAAACUGCGAAAUGGCGACAAAUCUGCUUCCCUAAUAGGGCAGAUAUCUGCCUCUUUGGCAGCGAUGCACCGUACAGUGGAGGACUACGACUCGAUGGCUAAGCGUGAAAUUAUGAAGGCGAAGCAGGAGAAGGCUUUGAUGCGGGUGCAGAAGUUUCGAACAGAUUACACCGAACUGCGGGGCCAAUUUGAACGGCUGAAGUCGGAGUACGAUGCUGUCGCUCGGGCAGAACUAUUGUCAGCAUCCUCCUCCUCUACUGGCCCACUAUCACCAGCACCGGGGGACACGCGAAGACGCUUUAUGCCCGGCCAACCCCAAUCUGUGGAAUCUGACGUCUCAGAGUCUCCUUUCCGCGGACCAACACCGAUGCCACUGUCUAACCUGCGGGAACAACAUGCCUUGCACGAACAUACGUUCCUGCAGAACACUGAGGCCAAGCUCGACGACUUCCUCGCACAAGGUCGUGCGGUAUUGGACGACCUCGUGGACCAGCGGAACGUGUUGAAGGGCACCCAGAGGCGUCUGCUGGAUGCUGCAAAUACACUGGGUCUUAGCAAAGACGUCAUUGGCUGGAUUGAGAGGAGAAGUACCCAGGACAUGUAUAUCUUUUUUGCGGGCGUGAUAAUUACUUUCGUUUGCUUCUAUUUCAUCUGGAGAUAUUUCGGAUGA